AUGGUCAUUGCUGACACGGACAAUCACCGUAUCAUCAAAUGGAAGAGGGGUGAUACGAAUGGACAGGUAGUGGCUGGUAGUCAUGGUCGAGGAAAUCGAUUAGAUCAAUUGGAGGAACCACCUGAUGUGCUCAUCGACAAAGAGCUGGAUAGUUUCAUUAUUUGUGAUCCGUGGAAUCAACGAGUCAUACGAUGGUCUUGUCGCAGUGGCACAGCUCAAGGAGAAAUCCUUUUCGACAAUAUCGGUUGCCGAGAAUUAACUAUGGAUGAUUACAGAUAUAUCUAUAUCUCUGAUAUCGUGAAACAUGAAGUAAGAAGAUAUCAAAUAGGAGACAAGAAUGGAACUCUUGUGGCUGGUGGUCAUGGAAAAGGUACUGAUUUAAAUCAACUCAACGAGCCAAGAUGUGUGUUUGUUGAUCGACAACAGACUGUCUAUGUAUCAGAUUGGAGAAAUCAUCGUGUGAUGGAAUGGAAAAAAGGUGCAAAAGAAGGCAUUGUUGUUGCCGGGGGUCACGGUCAAGGAAAUGCUCUGACACAAUUGUCAGGUCCUCAAGGACUGUUUCUCGAUACGUUGGGUACUGUUUAUGUGGCAGAUUCGGGGAAUAAUCGAGUGAUGCGUUGGCCUAAAGGAGCAAAAGAAGGUACUGUCAUUGUUGGUGGAAAUGGUCAAGGGGAACAAGCUAAUCAGUUCAAUGGUCUCAGAGGUUUAUCCUUCGACCGACAUGGUAAUAUCUAUAUCGCCGACUGUUACAAUCAUCGUAUUCAACGUUUUUCUAUCGAACAGACUCAUUACGAUGGUUUGUUGUUUUUUGAUUCCUUCAAAUAA